GCCACAUCCGUAAGAAUUUAUCACGUUUCCUCACUUAUCAUCGGCUCAUCUUCGCUCCAUACGCAACGCUCCUCGUCACUUGCGCUAUCCAUCGUCGACGUCAGUCUUCAAAAUGUCGCGCCAGCCGCUACUCCUAACGCUCCUCGCGUUCAUCGGCUUAGCUUCCGGCUACUUGGCGCUCCACUCCAGAGGAUCACAUCCCGCGAAAAUCGCCAACUCUCUCAAUUAUACAGAGGGUUGCCGAGCUUGCGACAUCAACAGAUGCCCCGCGGACGCUUCGCUCUGCCCUCUGGGCUUCGUGCCCGACGUUUGUGGCUGCUGUACCAAAGGAGUCUGCGCCCGUCUCGGUGGCGAAUCCUGCUGGAACGCGAGCAUCCCGGAACUGCCGAAAGUACGGAAGAACGAGGGCCUUUGCUCCCGGAAUUACUUUUGCAAGUUACGCGAUGAUCUACAGCCCGAGGAUGUACCCGAAGCAACGUGCAGUUGUAUGGAACAAAGUUUAGCCUGCGGAACUAACAAUCGCACCUACGACACACCUUGUUUCCUUCACGAGGAAGCAAUCCGCAUUCGGGACUCUUUAUUGGAGUUACAACAUUUGGGUCCCUGCCCCAGUCGACCGAGGAUCUAUUCAGGUCCUAAAGACAUAGUGGCGACUACCGGCCAAAUAAUUGCCUUUGACUGCGAGGCUAAAGGCUUUCCACUGCCACACAUUUAUUGGGAAUUUCAUUCGGCGGAUGGCAGUAAAUUUUUUCGAUUGCCCUAUAAUAAGCUGGAGAACAGCGAUGCGAAGCAAGCGGAACCGGAAAAUUUGAUUCAAACUUCUUGGUUACAACUGGGACGUUUUGAAACUUAUCACGUUGGCACUUAUCACUGCAUAGCGAAAAAUCCCUAUGGAGAAGCCAGUGCGUCAUCCCAAGUAUCCAUGAGAUAAGUAGCUUAUCCAAGCUUUUAAAUCCAAUCCACGAAAUUGCACUGGAUAUUACCAGCUAUCGACUGAUGGCGGAGGACUGAAAACAAACAUCAUCUUAUAUUAAAAUCUAUUUCAAAUCAUUUACUAACGUUAUUGAAACUUUUAUAUGUUCACGUUCAAUAAUCGACAAGAAGCUCAUUUUAUGUUCUUAAUUACAUUGCGUUUUAACAUUGAAAAUGAUAUUAGUAUUUCAACAUCCGUUGUACAUUAUAAUUUAACGAAUCAAUUUUUUACUAUAACACUUAUACUAUAGUCAAUCUAUCUCUCUUAAACUAAUUGACAAGAAUGAUGUACAAAAAUUAAUUUAACUUCGAUUUGUUUGAAUUAUAUCAAGAUAUAUGGAUAUAUAACGACUAUUAUCUUACUUCCUCGUUUAGCGAAAUGUAA